GCAGUUCAUUGCAUCAUGCAAACAAGUGACAUUUCCUAUUUCGAACAUAGUCACCAGGAUUUGAACAUGGAAUUCAAUCCUUCAGACCAUCCUCGGGCCAGCACGAUAUUCCUCAGUAAAUCUCAAACAGACGUGAGAGAAAAGCGCAAGAGUCUCUUCAUUAACCAUCAUCCUCCAGGACAAAUAGCGAGGAAAUACAGCUCCUGCUCGACUAUUUUCCUAGAUGAUAGCACAGUCAGUCAACCAAACCUCAAGUAUACAAUUAAAUGGUGGGUAUAUGCAUUUUUCCUUCACUGAAUGCCUUUUCUGUUCCUUAACCUGCUGGCUAACUGUUUGUUUGUGGGAUCUGUGAGUGGUAAGAUUGGGGAGGGGGAGGACAUU